AUGGCAGAGCCGCCAUUCUCCCUGCCAGCCCCGCCCCUCAAAGAGUGGGAGCGUGCCGACAAGCUCAACAUCGAGCUGAUCGGUUACGGAUGGGCGGAGAAGCGGGUAAUGGUCCGCCUGCACCUCCCGAAGGACCGCGAUAUGGACCGCAUCCAGCUCGCGGUCGCGCUCAUGGGGCGCGACAUCAAGCACUCGAAGCACUGGCUCUGCGAAUUCUGCGGCGCGCCCGCGCGCGAGACGCACUUCCAGAACCUCUCCUGGCACCACCUCGACCCGCCGCGGCUCAUCAUCUACAUCCACUUCGUGUGCGACAUGGACAAGGCGCACGUCCGCGCGGGGCUCACGACGAGCCACAACAUGCUCAACCUCGCGCAGGGCGGCGCGAUGGGCCCGAUGCCGUCCUUCGACACGUUCGGCCAGCGCCCCGCGGGCGUCGCGUACCCGCUCGCGGGCAGCUGCGGGCACUGCCAGCGCGACGAGACGGCGGGGGCGGGGGCGGGCAUGAUGCGCUGCAGCGGGUGCAAGAUGACGCGGUACUGCGGCGCGGAGUGCCAGAAGAAGGACUGGAAACGGCACAAGGUGAGCUGCGGGAUGGUGUAUACCGUCAGCUUCGAGAACUGGGAUUAG